GAAUUAUAAAUCUAAAUUGUAUUUAGCAAUUACUAAUCAGCACGAAACAUGUUGGCAGCUCAAAACUAUCAUAAAACCAGAAAAUUCAGUAACGAUUAUUUGCAGAAAUAAUACCCUUAACGUCAUUUUGCGGUAAACGAUUAUACAGAUAUUUUAUGAACGACGACUGCAAUAUCCGGACGGAUUGCACUAAACGACGACGAUGACCACACACCACGUCACGUCGGCGGUGGCGGCGUUGAAAAAGCGAUAAGAUGAACACACUACGGCCUACAAAGUGGUGGUCGGUGGUGACCUUUGCGGCGCGAGCUAUAGUCACGUCGUGUGUUGAUGGGUCGCCGUGGCCGACGUUCUUCCGCCGCACUCGCGGGACAGCGACAAUGGUGCGGUGGUAACGGUGACUGCUGGUUGGAAAACAUUACACGCACGCACGCACGUACGCACACACACGCACACACACACACACACACACACACACACACACACGCACACACACACACAAAUACACACACGCACGCACGCACACAUACGAUAUUCUGUGCACGCGAAGAGGUAACAUACGACAGUACCGCGCGUACGUGUACGAUGUUUAUGCGAAGCGAGGCGCGUGGCCGGCCGUGUGCGCUAGAACAGUCUGUGCUUGACCACGCGGUCGUGUAGUCAUCACUCUGCGUACGAUGGUUCGUCCGUGGAUGGUCGCGCUCCUGAUGCUGCUUGCGGACCGACGGUCGCUUGGGAUCGGCCACGGGCCAUCCACCCACGCCGCCGGAGUCGGGUCCACAACCACUGACGAAGACGUCGACGUCGACGCCGCCUCAGUCAACGCUACUGAAAUUGCGUCAGUCGGGUGUAAUUAUAAAGGACGAAGUUAUGAUCCAGGAUCAUUGGUCAAUACAGAUCAACCGUGUUUAAAAUGCACAUGUGUCACCGGAAGUUUGGUAUGCCAUUUGCAAAUUUGUCCAGAAUUACCAGAUCCACCACCUCAGGGAUGUGUGAUCGUCCACAAGAAGAACAAAUGUUGUGCGCACCUUCAGUGUUAUUAUGAACAAUUUGAUGCUGUUCAUUCCAAACUGUUUUCAUUGCAAAAUCGGUCUGGACCCGCAAGGAUGGACAAUUCUGCAAUUGUGACAUUUGACGGUUUACCUAAAGGAUGUGUGAUAAACGGUACGAUUUACGCGGAAGGUUCGGCUAUGGACAGUUCCAGUCUGUGUGAAUAUUGUUACUGCAUCAAAGGGCAUCAACAGUGCGUACGGCCCCAAUGCUCUUUAACUAUUCCAGGCUGUACAGCUGUAUACAAAAAACAUACUUGUUGCCCAAUUAGAUACAAAUGUUCACCGUUACAAAAUGCACAGAUAAAAAAUACAACGGAUGCGACAACCACCGAAAUCGAUUCUUCCUUAUCCGCUCGGCUUAAAGAUUGUCGCAUAAACGGUCGGCUGAUAUCGCUGGGAGAGCCCGUGAUUGGCGUGGCGCGGUCGUCGUGCGAAACUUGUUUCUGCAUCAACGGUCAGGUGCGAUGUGACAAGGUGAUAUGUCCGCCAAUCCGCGCCCAAAUAUCGCCCAAUUGCGGACCGGUCUACUCGGAAGGGCACUGCUGCCCGACGAGCUACAACUGCAGCAGCAGCAGCAGCACCAGCAGCACCAGCACUAGCAGCACCAGCACUAGCAGCAACGAAUCUCGCGUCAGCCCGACCACUGUCACUCCUACGACGAUGACGGCGACGGAGUCGACUUCCACUGGUGUCGUUGCGACAACGCAGCCGUCCACCGUGACUGUCGAUGACGACGAUGAUGAUGACGAUGACGACGACGAUGGUGUCCCGCUCGGUAGUUCGCCGAUGCCGACGCCUACGGCGGCCCAGAUGUUUGUGGAGACAGAUAGUGCAUCCAGUAUCACUGUAAAUUCAAAGAAUAUUACUGAUCAAAUUACAGAAGAACCCAUGGAAUCGAGACAUGCAAAUCCUGCUAGUUUAAUGCACGAUGACUUUGGUGGAUUGAAUGUCACUGAAAAAUCGAAUAACUUUGAAAUGGAUUAUGAUGACCCAACGUUACCGCCAUCUUUACCAAAUCUCAAAAUCAUACCAUUCGUUGCAGCGGAUGCCGUUGUUGAUGAACCUGCUGCAACUUAUGAAAAUUAUCAGCCGGUGAUAGAACGUGUGUACAAUGUAUCAGACGUCGAAGAACCUGCUUUGCCCGUUGUCAAUAGUUUUUCUCCGCCUAUUGAGACUGAGGGUGGAUUUAUUCCAAAAGAUUCCCCGAAUGGUGCGAUGUAUUUACCUGACAAAUUUCGAAAGACAACGGAACAACCUAAUGUUCGCCACGACGAACCUGCUGUGGGGAACCAACCAAUUGGAUCUGUUUGGUGCAUAUCCAAUGGUAAGAAAUACAAACACGGCGAGUUGCUGACCGACCCGAGCGCUUGUGACAUAUGCAUUUGUUUCAACGCCAAAAUUGUUUGCCAAGAAAAUUGUCCAGCCGUCAAAGUAGGCUGCCAGCGAAUCAACGACCCGAACAAUAGCACUUGCUGUGGCCGUAUCAUUUGCAAUGAAUAUGAAAAUGAUAUUACUAUGGAACACAUUAAGCAAAUUGAAGUAACAUCUGAAACAAUCACAACCUCAUCUAAAACCACAGCGAAUGUUAGAGAUGCAGUUAUAGAACACAUUUUAUAUUCUGCACCAUCAACUGAAAAGCCAAUUGUAACUUCAUCGCCAAGCACUCUUAAGCCAGUGAACUUAACUUCUGAAACAUCUUCAUUAAAACCGAUCACAUCCACUGUAAAGUUAGUUGCAACUUCGACUCCAACCACUGAAAAAUUGGUAAUUUCUUCAACUUCAGAAACUAUUAAGCGUGCAGAAGUCACAACACCAGUACCAAAACCACUUGAAGACGAAGAUUAUAGUUUUGAAAGUAUGUUUUCAUUUUUGUUCAACGGCGAUACAUCAGAACAAUCAUCGUCCCCGUCUUCACUGUCCUCGUCCACAAAUAACAUGGAAUCAGAGACUCGCAUUGAGCAUCGGACAGAUGACGAAAUCGACGAGAAAGUUAAUUUGGAUGACGACGUCAAACACGGACAAACAGCCUUCAUGUCACUACCAAUGCAACAGAAUAAACCUAAUUUGAAUACAGGAGAUACUGCAGAACAGCAUGCGCAGGAUACAAAAAACCACCAGAAUACCAACACAUACUUUGGUAUAAAUCAGCAUCACUCAGAAAACAAACAUGACAAAGUCAAACCACUACAGGAAGUAUACAAACCUUUAGAAUCCAAUCCAAAUACCGAGACUAAACAAAACGGCAACGACAUGCUGAAUUCCGCAACUAAACAUCACGUCGACACCAAGCCACCACAAUCAGGAAUCAAGCAGCACGUUGACGUUAAACCACAUCAAGAAGUCAAGCAGCACGUUGACGUUAAACCACAUCAAGAAGUCAAGCAGCACGUUGAUGUCAAAUCACAUCAAGAAAUCAAAUCGGAUGCCAUCCCAUCUGGUACUAAACAACAAGCUGAGGUUAAGACACAUUUCGAUGUUAAAGAAAAUGCUCAAGUUACAUCACCGUUUGAUUUAAAGCAUUACGAUGAGUUAAAACCAUCAUACCAUGACUUAAGUAACCACCAAACUGAAGUCAAGUCACACUUCAGCGUGAGAGAUCAACCCGAACUCAAGACACAUUCGGAUUCAAAGGUUCAAUCUGAUUCCAAAAUAUAUGCCGAUUUCAAGCAUCAAAGUGAAGUUAAUAAACACUUUGACGUUAAGGAGCAAGUCGAAGUCAAUCCGUAUUUUAAUUUCAAACAGCAGACAGAAGUUAAGCAUCAUCCCGAUUUUAAGCAACACGCUGAUGUUGGUUUGCAGCCGGAAGUCAUGCAGCACACCGAUGUAAAACCAAAUAUUGGGACAACACCACUGAAAACUAAGGUUGAUACUGAGUUCAAUUUAUUGGCUUCCAUGCUGAAGAUAUCUGGCUGCAAUAUAUACGGACGUAUGUACCGAGUGGGAAAAAUAAUUUCUGAACUCUCCAAUCCAUGUUUAGAGUGUAUGUGUACAGAAAUCGGAGUACAUUGUAAUCAAUUGAAAUGUUGAUACAGGCUGGAGGUUAUAGCGCACUGUCAGUCGAAAGAAUAAUAUUCGCCAUAAACUCAUAGAUAUUACAAAUACAUAGUAGUAUGUAUGUGAUUUUAUUAAUACCUACCCAAUUUUUGCCAUGUAUCACCCAUCUGCCACUAUUUUGUCAGCUUAAACAUAGUUGGUAUUUGUAUAAAAAAAUUGGUAAUUGAUAACAUUAGAAUAUUCAUAAAUAAUUGUUAAGUUUUGUUUUGGAUUACAAAAUAAAAUAAGUUAAGCUAUUCAAAUGUUAUGUUAUGUUUGAAGUUUUGACGGUUACGGUAUAAUAAAAUAGAUCGAUAGCCUGUAAACAAUGUGAUCUCUUGUCAGUUAAUCAAAUAUUUAUAAAUAGAUACAUUUAAACAUUAUAUGUAAGGACAUGUUAAGGGUCGCCACGUUUUUAAUUUUAUCAUCAAUAUAAAUUUAAAAUAAAUUAUCAGCUGAUAUUAUUUUCUUAUAUUCGUACAUUCUUUAAUAUUAACUUUUAAUGUCAAAUCAAACUAGUUUAAUUACCUAUGUAUAAGCCAAAUAUUAUUGUUGACUGUUGAGCAUAAUAAUACGUUAUGUAUUUUAAUAUUUUAGACGAAUUUUUAUAAAUUUAAGCAAUUAACAAACUCAUGAGCACAUUUUAAACUGUACAUUCGGAUAACAUUUUUUGUUAUUGAAUAUUUACUAUUUAGAAUGGUAUAUAAUAUUAUGAUGUCUAAACAUUAAAUUUAAACAUUCCAUUACAA